CUCCUAUAUAAUCGAUCGCGUGAUCAAAUAACGAAUAAAAAGAGUAUUAAGAGUUCAAAAUGGAGACUACAGUAGAGAAAUCGGUGAUGGUGGUCGGAAUCGACGACAGUGAACACAGCUCCUACGCUCUGGAGUGGACUCUCAAUCACUUCUUCAUUCCUUUAGCUUCUAACUCUCUUUUCAAACUCGUAAUCGUUCAUGCUAAACCUUCCCCUGCUUCCGUUGUCGGACUUGCCGGACCCGGGGCGGCCGACGUUUUGCCGUUCGUUGAUGCGGACCUCAAGAAGAUUGCUGCUAGGGUUAUCGAAAAGGCUAAGGAGAUCUGCAUCGCUAACUCCGUGCAUGAUGUUAUACUGGAAGCGUUGGAAGGCGACCCUAGGAAUGUUCUCUGCGAUGCUGUAGAAAAACACCACGCCAGUAUGUUGGUUGUGGGAAAUCAUGGUUAUGGAGCUAUAAAACGGGCUGUUUUGGGCAGUGUAAGUGACUAUUGUGCUCAUCAUGCUCAUUGCACUGUGAUGAUUGUGAAGAAGCCUAAGAUCAAACACUGAGCUAUGUCUAAUUUGCUUCUGAAUAAAUGAACAAAUAUAGUAAAUGAACAUAUCUUUGUGUCUAAACACUUUGAAUUGUGGGGGUGCUAUUUGUGUAUCAAUAGUCAGUAAUGAUUAAAAACUAUUAUUAUUGGCCUCUUAUUGAAUUCAAGCAUUGUAUGUAUAUUCGUUUGUUGGUAAAUGCAUUUCUGUGUAUCCAACAAACCUAAAUCGAUUUUAGUUAAUCGCUCUUUUAGUUAA